AUGACUUGUUCCACAUGACUCCGCAGUGCUUUCUGUCGCAGCAUAAACUAAGAUUCUACGUCAUAUUCUCUCUCUUUCCCCCAAGUCCUCCAGCGGAGAGGAGCAGCGACAGCAGCGCCAGGCCGUCCUAGACUUGGGAGCCAUUCGCCAAAAUGGUGAACUUCACGGUAGACCAGAUUCGGGAGAUCAUGGACAAAAAGUCCAACAUCAGGAACAUGUCCGUGAUCGCCCAUGUGGACCAUGGCAAAUCUACUCUCACUGACUCAUUGGUGUGCAAGGCCGGUAUUAUUGCUUCUGCACGUGCAGGAGAAACUAGAUUUACUGACACCAGAAAAGACGAACAGGAGAGAUGUAUCACUAUAAAGUCAACGGCCAUCUCUCUAUAUUAUGAGCUCAGUGAGAAUGACUCAGCCUUUAUUAAGCAGUGUAAGGAUGGUACUGGUUUCCUGAUCAACCUGAUCGACUCACCAGGACACGUUGACUUCUCCUCUGAGGUGACAGCAGCUCUGAGGGUUACAGAUGGUGCCCUUGUAGUGGUAGACUGUGUAUCAGGUGUAUGCGUACAGACUGAGACCGUCUUGAGACAAGCCAUUGCAGAGCGCAUCAAGCCUGUCUUGAUGAUGAACAAGAUGGAUCGUGCCCUUCUUGAGUUGCAACUGGAGCCCGAUGAGCUUUUUCAAACCUUCCAGAGGAUUGUGGAGAAUGUUAACGUCAUCAUCUCAACCUAUGGUGAAGGAGAGCAUGGACCAAUGGGAAACAUUAUGGUGGAUCCUGUGGUGGGAACUGUGGGAUUUGGAUCAGGCCUUCAUGGCUGGGCUUUUACUCUGAAGCAGUUUGCUGAGAUGUACGUGGCCAAGUUUGCUGCCAAGGGAGAUAAGAAAAAAGUAGACCUUCCUCCAGCAGAACGGGCUAAGAAAGUGGAGGAGAUGAUGAAAAAGCUUUGGGGAGAUAAGUACUUUGAUCCCUCUUGUGGAAAAUUCAGCAAAACGGCAAACAAUGCAGAUGGCAAGAAGCUUCCUCGUACUUUCUGCCAGCUUGUCUUGGAUCCAAUCUUUAAGGUUUUUGAUGCCAUUAUGAAUUUCAAAAAAGAAGAGACCCAGAAGCUGAUUGAGAAACUUGAAGUAAAGCUUGAUGCGGAAGACAAAGACAAAGAAGGAAAACCUCUGCUUAAGGCUGUGAUGCGCCGCUGGUUGCCUGCAGGUGACGCUUUGCUCCAGAUGAUCACCAUCCAUCUUCCUUCUCCUGUCACUGCCCAAAGGUACCGCUGUGAACUGCUUUAUGAGGGUCCUGGAGAUGAUGAGGCCGCCAUGGGUAUAAAGAACUGUGAUCCUAAAGCUCCUCUCAUGAUGUACAUCUCCAAGAUGGUGCCAACCACCGACAAGGGUAGAUUCUAUGCCUUUGGUCGUGUCUUCUCCGGUAUUGUUUCUACAGGGCAGAAGGUGCGCAUCAUGGGCCCAAACUUCACACCAGGAAAAAAGGAGGACUUGUAUUUAAAGCCAAUCCAAAGAACUAUCUUGAUGAUGGGUCGCUACGUAGAGCCCAUUGAAGAUGUGCCAUGCGGGAACAUCGUUGGUUUGGUUGGGGUUGAUCAGUUCCUGGUCAAGACUGGCACCAUUACCACUUUUGAAAAUGCUCACAACAUGCGUGUUAUGAAGUUCAGCGUUAGUCCUGUGGUGAGAGUUGCUGUGGAGGCCAAGAACCCAGCUGAUCUGCCAAAGUUGGUGGAGGGCCUUAAACGUCUAGCCAAAUCUGAUCCCAUGGUUCAGUGUAUCAUUGAAGAGUCUGGGGAGCACAUUGUGGCAGGUGCUGGAGAGCUUCAUCUGGAGAUUUGCCUGAAAGACCUUGAGGAAGAUCAUGCCUGCAUCCCUCUUAAGAAAUCAGACCCAGUUGUGUCAUAUCGUGAAACCGUCAGUGAGGAAUCAGACCAGGUUUGCUUGUCCAAGUCUCCCAACAAGCACAAUCGUCUGUACAUGAAAUCCCGGCCCUUCCCAGAUGGCCUGGCCGAGGAUGUCGAUAAGGGUGAUGUGUCUUCUCGGCAGGAGCUCAAACAGAGAGCUCGCUACCUGGCUGAGAAAUAUGAAUGGGAGGUCGCAGAGGCCCGUAAGAUUUGGUGCUUUGGACCAGAUGGCACAGGGCCCAACAUCCUUGUGGACAUCACAAAGGGAGUUCAGUAUCUGAAUGAGAUAAAGGACAGCGUAGUGGCUGGUUUCCAGUGGGCAACCAAAGAAGGUGCACUCUGUGAAGAAAAUAUGCGGGCAGUGCGAUUUGACAUUCAUGAUGUCACUCUUCACGCUGACGCCAUUCAUAGAGGUGGCGGUCAGAUCAUUCCCACAGCUCGCAGAGUUCUGUAUGCUUCUGUGCUCACCGCUCAGCCGAGACUCAUGGAGCCCAUUUACCUGGUUGAGAUUCAGUGCCCAGAGCAGGUGGUUGGUGGCAUCUAUGGUGUGCUGAACAGAAAAAGAGGCCAUGUGUUCGAGGAGUCCCAAGUGGCUGGAACACCUAUAUUUGUUGUGAAGGCAUACCUACCUGUAAAUGAAUCAUUUGGUUUCACAGCAGACCUGAGGUCUAACACUGGCGGACAGGCCUUCCCUCAGUGUGUGUUUGACCAUUGGCAGAUUUUGCCAGGUGAUCCAUAUGACGUGAACAGCAAACCUAGCCAAAUUGUGGCUGAGACCCGUAAACGCAAAGGUCUGAAGGAGGGCAUCCCAGCACUGGACAACUUCCUGGACAAACUAUAAGUUUCUCUGGAUUGUACAUGGUGAUUGAAGCUAUUAAUCUUACAAUGUUAACGUGACGACUCUGAAGUGUAUGGCAUAAUGUUUACACAGAAAAUAAAUAGAGCUUAAUUUAAACGUUCAAAGCUGCACAAUCUGGCAGCAAAUAAAACCUGAGCACGUUAAACUUGUGUGGAUGUGUCCAUACGUAAAGUAAAGCCAAUACAUCACAGCAAUCUGGACUUAUUCAGCUUUAAAAAUAUAUUUUUCCAGGUGGAUAUGAAAUAGCGCUCUAAUCACUGUGUAUUGGUUUUACAUGUCUUAGGAUAUACAUGUAUCAUCUUGAACUGUGCCCUCCUCCUUUCGGCAAAGAAUUCAAGAUUCUCAACAACAUUACCUGUGCCAUUAUCAGUAGAGAGCUAUGUUAAUUAAAAACCUCAGCCCUGACUGGGAGGGACAAUAAAAGCACUGUAUCAACA